GACUGCUGGCAGCCAAUCAGAGCAGCUGUGCUCCAGAUCCUGACAGUGAACAGAUACUGGCCACAAAGCAGAGGCACAACUCUGCUGUCUGACCAUCUAACAAGGUUCUGCUUCUAAGGAUGGAUCCCAUUGAUGUUGGUCUGCAGGAGGUUCUAGAGGAACAUAAGAUCAGUCUGAGGAGGAGAUGUGAACGUGUGACUGAAGGAAGUGAUGAACCAGGAAGUAGAACCCUCCUCAACAGCAUCUACACUGAUCUCUACAUCACAGAGGGACAGAGUGAAGAGGUUAAUACCCAACAUGAGGUGAAGCAGCUGGAGAGAGCUUCCAGGAUCCAGAACCUCCAUGACUCUCCAAUCAGGUGCCAUGACAUCUUUAAAGCCUCACCUGACCAACAUGGAGCCAUCAGAGUGGUUCUGACCAACGGCAUCGCUGGUGUUGGAAAAACCUUCUCAGUGCAGAAGUUCACUCUGGACUGGGCCGAGGGCUUGGAGAACCAAGAUGUCCGUGUGGUGGUUCUGCUGUCGUUCAGGGAGCUGAACCUGAUCAGAGGUGAGCAGCACAGUCUUCUCACGCUGCUCCAUGUUUUCCAUCCAACCCUCCAGAAACUCCUAGCAGAGCAGCUGGCUGCCCACAAACUUCUCUUCAUCUUUGACGGCCUGGAUGAAAGCAGACUUUCUCUGGACUUCAACCACAGUCGGCUGGUUUCUGACGUCACACAGAAGUCAUCAGUCGACGUUCUGCUGACAAACCUCAUCAAGGGGAACCUGCUUCCCUCGGCUCUGGUCUGGAUCACCUCCAGACCUGCAGCGGCCAAUCAGAUCCCUCCUUCAUGUGUUGCCAGGGUAACAGAGGUACGAGGCUUCACCGACGCCCAGAAGGAGGAGUACUUCAGGAGGAGGUUCAGUGAUGAAGAGCUGUCCAGCAGAAUCAUCUCCCACAUCAAGACCUCCAGGAGCCUCCACAUCAUGUGUGGAAUCCCAGUCUUCUGCUGGAUCACUGCUACGGUUCUGGAGAACAUGUUGACCACAGAGCAGAGAGAUGAGCUGCCCAAGACCAUGACUGACAUGUACUCUCAUUUCCUGCUGGUCCAGACCAGGAGGAGGAUGAACAAGUACCAUGGAGGACAUGGGAGGAGUCCACAGGAGCUGAUGGAGGCUGACAGGGAAGUUCUCCUGAAGCUGGGGAGGCUGGCGUUGGAACAUCUGGAGAAAGGAAACAUCAUGUUCUACCAAGAAGACCUGCAGCAGUGUGGUCUGGAUGUCACAGAGGCCUCGGUGUACUCAGGAGUUUGUACAGAGAUCUUCAAGAGAGAGAGCGUGAUCUUCCAGAAAGCAGUCUACUGCUUUGUUCAUCUGAGCAUUCAGGAGUUUCUGGCUGCAGUCUACAUGUUCCACUGCUUCACCAGCAGGAACACAGAGGUGGUGGAGAACUUCCUGGGAGAAAAAUACAGUGAAACAUCUCUGGAUGACUUCCUGAGGAGAAUCAUGGAUAAAUCCCUCAAAAGUGAAAAUGGCCACCUGGACCUGUUUGCUCGCUUCCUUCAUGGCCUCUCUGUGGAGUCCAACCAAAGACUCUUAGGAGGGCUGCUGGGUCAGACAGAGAACAGUCCAGGAACCAUCCAGAGAGUCAUCACCAACCUGAAGGAGAUGAACACUGAUGAUAAAAUCUCUCCUGACAGAAGCAUCAAUAUCUUCCACUGUCUGAUGGAGAUGAAGGACCUCUCAGUUUAUCAGGAGAUCCAACAGUUCCUGAAAUCAGAGAACAGAUCAGAGGAGCUUUCUUUGUUCCAGUGCUCAGCUCUGGCCUACAUGCUGCAGAUGUCAGAGGAGGUUCUGGAUGAGUUGGACCUGGAGAAGUACAACACAUCAGAAUCAGGACGACGGAGACUGGUUCCAGCUGUGAGGAACUGCAGAAAGGCUCGACUAGUGGGCUGUAGUCUCUUACCGACUGAAUGUGAAGUUUUGGCCUCAGCUCUGAAGUCCAACCCCUCCCUGACUGACCUGGAAAUAGAUCUGAUCUAUAAUGGAGGAACCUUUGGAGACUCUGAGAUGAAGCGUCUCUGUGAGAUCCUGGAGACUCCAUUCUGUAAAGUAAAGAAGCUGACAUUGAUGACCUGCAGUUUGUCAGAGAUCAACUGUAAACAUCUGGUAUCUGCGCUGAAGUCCAACCCGUCCCAUCUGACAGAACUGGACCUGAGCAGAAACAAAGACCUGAAAGAUGGUGGAGUGAAGGAGCUCUGUGGUUUCCUCCAGACUCCCCUCUGCAAACUACAGACACUGAGAUUGGUGACCUGCAGUUUGUCAGAGAUCAGCUGUGAUUAUCUGGUAUCAGCGCUGAAAUCCAACCCGUCCCAUCUGACAGAACUGGACCUGAGCUACAACAACCUGGAAGAUUCUGGAGUGAAGGAGCUCUGUGGUUUCCUCCAGACUCCCCUCUGCAAACUACAGACACUGAGAUUGUGGAGCUGCAGUUUGUCAGAGAUCAGCUGUGAUUAUCUGGUAUCUGCUCUGAAGUCCAACCCUUCUCAUCUGACACAACUGGACCUGAGCAGAAAUGACCUGAAAGAUUCUGUAGUGAAGGAGCUCUGUGGUUUCCUCCAGACUCCCCUCUGCAAACUACAGACACUGAGAUUGAGGAACUGCAGUUUGUCAGAGAUCAGCUGUGAUCAUCUGGUAGCGGCGCUGAAGUCCAACCCGUCCCAUCUGACAGAACUGGACCUGAGUCAGAACAACGUGAAAGAUUGUGGAGUGAAGGAGCUCUGUGGUUUCCUCCAGACUCCCCUCUGCAAACUACAGACACUGAGCUUCAUAGGCUGCAGUUUGUCAGAGAUCAGCUGUGAUUAUCUGGUAUCGGCGCUAAAGUCCAACCCGUCCCAUCUGACAGAACUGGACCUGAGAAGGAACGACCUGAAAGAUUCUGGAGUGAAGAAGCUCUGUGGUUUCCUCCAGACUCCCCUCUGCAAACUACAGACACUGAGAUUGAUAAACUGCAGUUUGUCAGAGAUCAGCUGUGAUUAUCUGGUAUCGGCGCUGAGGUCCAACCCGUCCCAUCUGACACAACUGGACCUGAGUCACAACAACCUCAAUGAUUCUGGAGUGAAGAAGCUCUGUGGUUUCCUCCAGACUCCCCUCUGCAAACUACAGACACUGAGCUUGAGUUACUGCAGUUUGUCGAAGAUCAGCUGUGAUCAUCUGGUAUUGGCGCUGAAGUCCAACCCAUCCCUUCUGACACAACUGGACCUGAGCUUCAACUACCUGAAGGAGUCAGAGGUUCAGCAGCUGGAGAAUCUUGUACAGAGUCCAGACUACAAACUGAAAACUCUGACGUGGAGGUGAUGAUCUUAGUGGAGGAGAGAAGCUGAGCUGUCCUGAUGAUCCAGAGGUUGAAGCUGCAGCAGUUUGAGUUUAAAGAGACUCUGACUGGAUCCUGAUGAUGAACUCUGACCUUAGAGAUGUUGAUCCUGUUUAUCUGAUUAUAUCUGUCAUUUAGUGUCUGAUAUUGUUUGUCUCUGUGGACCAGUGAGGAUCAAAUGAAAACUAAGUUGCAUUUAGUGGCUCCAUGGAGUUUUGACCUGAAUCUGAUGAAACUGCAAAGUUGAUAUUUUUUCUCUCUGCUUCAUUUUCAGCCUGUAACCCAGAAAUCUGAAAUAAAGCUCAACUCUAAAGUUU